GAGAAAGAGAGAGCAUCCUGGAGAGAGAGAUAGAAAAGAGGGUGAUAAGGCAACAUUCCUAACCUCCUGUCAGUGAGAGAGAGCAGCACAGAGGACAGCAGAGGAGCCUCCCAACCAACCCAGGUCCUCCACAGUCCCUCCUAGCCUUCACUUUGUUCCACAUCCAGAAGAGGACCCGUUACACUGUGCUGUGCUACCUCUCCUGUGAAUCCUACCCUACUGCUCGUUGCCAUGCUCUCCUGUGAAUCCUACCCGUACAGCUCUUUGCCGUGCUCUCCUGUGAAUCCUACCCGUACUGCUCGUUGCCGUGCUCUCCUGUGAAUCCUACCCGUACUGCUCGUUGCCGUGCUCUCCUGUGAAUCCUACCCUACUGCUCGUUGCGGUGCUCUCCUGUGAAUCCUACCCUACUGCUCGUUGCCGUGCUCUCCUGUGAAUCCUACCCGUACUGCUCGUUGCCGUGCUCUCCUGUGAAUCCUACCCGUACUGCUCGUUGCCGUGCUCUCCUGUGAAUCCUACCCGUACUGCUCGUUGCAGUACCACUUCCUCCUCACUGCACUGGGCAGCCACACCACUUCCUCCUCACUGCACUGGGCAGCCACACCACUUCCUCCUCACUGCACUUCCCAUCAAGCAGUACACGCUGUCUGAGAAGAACACUGGUGGAGAUGAAGAUACAGACCACUCCCACCAUGGACAUGGACGCCCUGACAUCCAUCCUGUCCAACGCGUCUUCAGAGAGUAGCUGUGCUCCUGUAGAUAACACUGUGGAGAACAUGGUGUUUGGAGGUUACUACAUUCUGGUGUUUCUCCUGGCACUCAAUGGUAACGCCUUGGCCCUCUGGAUCUUCUCCCGGCAGCGUGGCACAUCCUCUCCCGCUAACGUCUUCCUGCUGCACCUGGCUGUGGCAGACCUCUCCUACGUCAUAAUCCUGCCUCUCCGCGCCACAUACCACCUCACGGGUGGCCACUGGCCGUUCGGCGAGGUUCCGUGUCGAGUCGCCGGCUUCCUGUUUUAUGUCAACAUGUACGCGAGUCUCUACUUCUUGGCGUGCGUGGCUGGGGAUCGCUACCUGGCCGUGGUGCACGCCGUGAGGUCACUGAAGAUCCGCCGUGCCCGCUACGCCCACACCAUCAGUUUUUCUCUGUGGGUGCUGGUCACCGUCUCCAUGGCGCCCCUGCUGGUCACCCGCCAGACUGCGGAGGUGGACGGGAUGACGGUGUGUCUGCAGCUGUACAGGGAGAAAGCCUCCCGCAAGGCCCUCGUCUCUUUAGCCGUAGCCUUCACCCCUCCUUUCCUCUCCACACUGACCUGCUACCUACUCAUCAUCCACAGCCUGAGGAGAGGAUCCCGACUGGAGCCCCAGCUGAAGCUUCGAGCCCUGAGGACCAUCGGCCUGGUCAUGCUGAUCUAUGUGGUGUGCUUCCUGCCGUACCACGCCUCCAGAGCCACGUUCAUCCUGGGGUACGCCCACCCAGAUGUCUCCUGCCAGACCAGGCGGGGUCUGUCCCUGGCCAACCGCGUCACCUCCUCCCUCACCUGUCUGAACGGGGGCCUGGAUCCUCUAGUGUACCUGUUUGGGGCUGAGAAGUUCCGGGGAACGGUGAGGAGGCUGUUCUUUAGAGACAGGGCCGGGGGAUCAGGGGCCACCAGUGCAGGAGAGCUGAAGGGAACACACGAGAGCUCUGUCAGCGCCAAGUCUGAGUUCUGAGAAGCUGGAGGUGGAACCAUCUGAAAUAUCAACUUUAUCUGACAGACUUAUUUUUAAGUCAGUUUUUAAAUACAUUUUUCUACCUGUUUUCACUCAAGCCUCUCAAUACUUAUUUUUAUACUGCCUCUCCUGUCCAUAUGAGACUGUAUCUUUGUUCUCUACUGCCUCUCCUGUCCACAUGAGACUGUAUCUUUGUUCUCUACUGCAUCUCCUGUCCAUAUGAGACUGUAUCUUUGUUCUCUACUGCCUCUCCUGUCCAUAUGAGACUGUAUCUUUGUUCUCUACUGCCUCUCCUGUCCAUAUGAGACUGUAUCUUUGUUCUCUACUGCAUCUCCUGUCCAUAUGAGACUGUAUCUUUGUUCUCUACUGCCUCUCCUGUCCAUAUGAGACUGUAUCUUUGUUCUCUACUGCAUCUCCUGUCCAUAUGAGACUGUAUCUUUGUUCUCUACUGCAUCUCCUGUCCAUAUGAGACUGUAUCUUUGUUCUCUACUGCCUCUCCUGUCCAUAUGAGACUGUAUCUUUGACUUUAACUUUGUCUUUGAAAUCAAUUAGAGUUUGUUUCAUUAUCAUGUCCCUUCAGUUGUAACUGUUUUCAACCCUGCCAAAGUGCUGGUAAAGACCAAAUCAAUGGAUGCCAUCCCAGCUGUAUUUCUAGUUGUACAGUAUUUUGCGUAAAACUGUUUUUUUUUAAAGGGGGGGAAUGCAUGCCUUUUCAUCUUAGUAGGUCUUGAUCUGUUAACUCUUUAAAAUCGUGCUUAGUAAUACCUAACAUGCUUUUGGGCAAGGUUAUUAUUACGAUAAUACAAUCUUAUUCUCACUAAUUAAAGUGUAUCUUCAAUGUUUCCCGCUAAGUUAAUUCAUGAUACAAUCAAAAUGUAUUUUUCUCAUGUAAUCUCCAUUAAGGUUUAUUUGUCGUCCUAUUACCAAAAACACAAAACAAAAAAAAUGUAGCCAUUCAUUUCAAAAUUAUAUAUUGGAUAAAUCUCUUCCCGACUUUCUAGCAAAACGUUAUGUUUGACACUGACGUUAGUCAUCAGUGUCUUCAAAUGUAUGUGUUUGGACAUGAGUUUGCAAGCCUGUUUGUUUACAAACCACUGUUUCCUCAAUGCAUUGUAAUUGCUAUGCAUCCUGACAUAACAUUUGAUAUAUUGCAAAACGGGGUCUAUAGAGCGUCAUAUGAUAUCAAAGAGCCCAGGCUGAGCAAUGAGCACAGUCUGAGUGCAGAACGGGAUCUAUAGAGCGUCAUAUGAUAUCAUAGAGCCCAGGCUGAGCAAUGAGCCAACUGUUCUCACCUAAAAUAUCUCAUGGCCUUUCUGUUAUUUAAACAUUUGACUGUAUCUUCACUUUAGGACUGUAAAUUAAUAAAUUGUUACAUAUA